AGAUCAUCACUUCCUGUUUUCUUCUACACCUGUUAUAAAAUGAUACGUUUUCUUAUGAUCUUGUGAUAAAUGUACAACAUACAAGACAAGACAUAACAACUGUAAACAUCACUGGAUUUACCUUACUUUAUAGAUAACAGUUAUAUAUAUAUAUAUAUAUAUAUAUUCUUCCUGGUCUAUUAAGACAUACUUACUACAUGUAUUUUGUUCGUCGUUUACAGAUCACUAAGAAAGAGAAUAGGAAUUCGAAUAAUUAUAAUAUAUAUGUAGAUAUAUAAAGUGAGAUAUAUAAAUAUAUACAUAUGUAUAUGUGUAGAGCGAGACACCAACAGACCUGUGGGUGCACAUAAGCAAUGGAUUUGUCAGAUGUUCAAGGAAAACUGUGUCCACAGAACGUUAUAUUGGAUUGUAACAUAGUAACAGUAACAGGAGAACAGGUUCCUGCUGGAACAGAAAUCUGUGUUUUACUAUGUGAACAACUAGUACUUUGUGCUGGUGAUGGAGAUUACUUAAAUGUUAAUGUUCAUAGCAGUACAAAAACUACAGACAGACAAGAACAAAUAUAUUUAAACCCUGGAAAUCAGGAAUUAUUUGCAGACAUUCAUUGCAAUGGGGAAUCAUAUAAAACGAUUGACGAGUUGUGUCGUGCAUAUCCUCGCUUUUUUUCCUGCAAUAAUGAUUUUUUUGCAGUGGAUAAAGAGGACUGUACAGUCAGAGUUAACAGUGGCGAGAAACUCGAAUUUAAGACGAUACAGUGUAUAGAAACAUCUUCAGGUGCAAUAGCCAAAAGUGGAGAACAGACUUAUACCAAUGUUAGGAUAACCACGAAAACGUCAAAUGUUGUGCUUUGUAACCGUAAUAACUGUGAAAUUCAGAUACCGUCUACAUGUAAAUAUACCUUCCAGGGCCUUGAAGACCCAAAUCAUUACACACCACGGGAGUUGUUAGAAAACUUUCCUCUACCACGGCAAGUCAGACUAGUUGACGAAAGUCUAUACAGAUUAGGAUUACCGUACCUAUGUUCUAAUGAACUCGAUUUGCAGUCAGUUACAACAAACUAUUUUCUAUUGUUUACAUCCGAACUCAAAACUGGUCCUCCGUUAUCAGGAUUUGAACUGCGACACCAAGUUAAGUGUUGUGAAUUAGUCGACCCAACAGCAGUGAAAAUCAGAAGACGCAUAGACAACAGUCAGAUUGGAGAGAAGUUUUCCACAAUAUUUUUGUUUGAAAAAUCACAAGGUGACCAAGUGGUAUUUUCUGUGCUUGGUAGAAAGUGUUCUACCCCAGUAUCUAGAUUAAAAGCAGGACGACAGCAUUAUAUAGAUAUGAACAUAUCUAAAGGAAAAACUGGAGCACAUAAAAUGUCAUCUAGUGACUCAGGAUUUGCAGAUGCUGAUUUAGAACUCUGUACAUCAACGCUAACGAUUGAUAAAGGAAGAACAUGUAGUAACAACCAACAAUUAUCAGAUGGUUAUAACGCACCAUCAAGGCAAACUAAACUCCGGUAUUCCGAAUGUCACACUUCCGAUAGAUUAUCUACUCAAGAGGAAUACUUGAAUCCAAUCGAUGAUGGCGAUACCACAUCCGACCGCUCCUCGGGAGAAUAUGUAGAUGUUAGAUUAGACAGAGAGGAAACACCGCCAUUACCAGAACGGAAAUACCUUGAUCCUCCUAUUCCAUCAAGAAAUAAUCAGACUAAAUAUGAUAUUAAUACCGCAGAUACAGAGCAAGUCAAAGCCAAAAAAGGAGCGAAUACAGAAUCGGAAACUGACAAUAAAGAACCUGCAAAAAGAUCAGAGAUAACACGUAUUAGCCAACCAGAGAGUGAUCUUAGAUCCAUGACAAUGAUUGAACUUGAAAAUCUACUUAAAAGUGUAAAGCUUGAUAAAUUUGCUGAAAUGUGCUGUGCGGAACAAAUUGAUGGCGAUUUUUUCAUGGACAUGACAGACGAAAUACUGAAAGAGGAACCGUUUAGUUUGAAUCGAUUUGAAAUUUUGAAAGCAAAAAAAUUACAGGGUGGAUGGAAACCAAAAUAAGUACAAUGAUAUUUUUAAGUAUAGCUUCCUCUUGUGUGAGCAAAAGGGGGUUAUAAAUGUGUUCACAUAGGUAAACAAUACAUUGAUUAUUCAAUAUUUGUGCGAUAUCUAAACAUGUGUACUUCUAUCUACAGAAUAUAAUGUUUUAUUUCUAUAGUAUAAAUGAUACAUAUAUAUUUUUUCAUAGUCAUAUACAGUUCCUAAUGCUUUAGUUGCAUGCAGAAUUUUCUGUUAAAACAAUCUGGAGAUCGUCGAUUAACGUACUGUUCUAUAUCCUUAAUGCUACAUUUUGUACAAAACGUCCGUUUUUCACAGCAUUUAAAAAAUCAUUUCAGAUGAUUAAAUAUAAUUCUUUUAAUCUUAAGUCUUUACCAAUGUUGGCCAAUGUCGUCCGUAUGGAACACAUAAUGGAGGAAACUGGCCUAAUAUACCUGCAUGAACGAAUUAUCGUGAUUGUCAUAUCACAGGCACUUUGGGCAUGGGUCCCAUCAUUUUUAUUAUUAUUUUUGUAAUAAAUACUAUCAAUGAAAAA